AUGGGAAGCAUUAUGUGCUUACAGAUAUGCUCCCUCUUGGGAUUACUGAUUGUUACCGAUGCUGAUUUGCAAUUAGGUCUCUACACUAAGACUUGUCCCAAGGCUGAGAGCAUUGUGUUUCAGUAUAACAGGGAGCAUAUUCCUCAUGCACGAUCUCUUGCUGCUGCUGUUCUUAGAAUGCAUUUCCAUGACUGCUUUGUGAGGGGUUGUCAUGCUUUAGUUCUUCUGAAUUCCAUAAGCAAAACACCAGAAGAGAAAAGAACGCCUCCAAAUCUGUCUCUCCGUGGAUUCAGCUUUAUUGACCAAAUCAAAAGUUUGGUUGAAAAAGAGUGUCUGGAGUUGUUUCAUGUGCGGACAUUGUCAGCUUUUAAGUAG